AUGCCCCGGAAGUGCGAUGAUUUAGGGUGCCGUAAUCAUUCAUCUCUGCGACUCAUCUACGUCUUUCCGAAAUGGUUCGUAUCCAGAGCCGUCUUUCUCACGACCUCUUGGGGGAGUCUCACUGGAUUGGGGUCGAGCUUGUAUUUGCAAGUUCCGAGGGUAGUGCCAAGUGUGCAGAUGCUGUCAGCGGUCUACAACUCCGACAUAGAUUGGAUCAAACGAGGCAUUUCAAACUCAACCGUACUGCCAACAGACGUUGAUGAAACUGGUAACUCACUUCUCAUGAUCUCACUUCGAAACGUAAACCUGGAGGUCGCCAAGUUUCUUCUCGAUCAUGGCUGGUCGAGGAGCACUCGAAACAUGACAGGAUGGACUGUGCCUAAGCGGGCACGUGUAAUUCUCUACUCCGCAUCGAAGCAAGACCAUCUUUCCACGUUCGAUCCAGACCAUCGCUAUAUGAUUGAGCAACUUGCACGUGGGGAAGACCGACAAGGAGAAAACUCAACGCUCUUACACGAUUCUGUACUCGGAGUUGUUCCGAUUCCCCUAUCAGAUGCAAUUACACAGGCUCCUUCCGACAUAGAUUGCCUUGACGAUAUCGGGUGGUCUCCACUGCACUGGGCAAUCUUCUUGAACGACUACGAGUCGUUUGAGGUCCUCCGUAGCCGAGGCGCUGGCUUAGAAGUGAGAACGCGAGGAGGUUGGACACCUCUUCACUACGCUGCCCACUACGAGCCGCCCGGCUCGAUCAAGAUGGCUUCGGCACUCUUGAAAGCUGGGGCAAAUGUGCAUGCUAGAGUUCAAAAUCACCUUAGGCCCAGAGGGGAGACUCCCAUCAUAUUCGCUUUCAACAACCCCGACAUGAUUAGAAUUCUUCUGGAACAUGGAUGUGACACCAUUGUUCAGACGAACCUGAACUGGGAAACUCCCCUGUCAUGGUUUGCUCGUGGAGUAUGCAAUGUUGAGCGAAAUGACCUCAGGAGACGCAAUUGGGAACGGUCGUUGGACUUGCUCGUGAAUAAUGGCAUGGACAUCGACCUUCCCUCGAAGCAGGCAGGUUAUGAAGGUCGAACACCCAUUCACGACGCUAUACUGUGGCGAAACGCCGCCCUGUUGGAGCUUUUGUUGAAAAGAGGAGCGAAGUAUGAUGCGAUCGAUAAGAAUGGGUCUGGUAUCUUGCACUUGGCGGCUCAGAGUGCAAAUCUGGACGUCAUCGAGAUUCUUAGGGAUGGCUGCAUAAGGGGUCUAAGUCCAAACCAGCCAAACGUUGCAGGUGACCCGCCGAUGAAGAUUUUGAUGGCCAGAAUGCUCGGCGAGGAAGCCAGGCGCCAGCCAGGAGAUACCGUGCCAGCAUAUGACGAGUUUCUCCUUUUCAAACAGCUUCUGCAAGAAAUUCAGAAACGAAAUUUGGGGCUGUUUAGGACGAGAGACCACGUCGAUUCGGUCGAAGAGGAUGCCAUCUCCGAGAUUGGCGGGCCGAAAGCCGCCUGUGACGGUGACGACAAUCGAACGUUUGAGAGCAAUCUGGCAUACAUGAACACGGUUCUGUCAACUGGUGCCAUAGAGGAGUUUUCUUGA